UAACGCAGUUAACUCGAUUAGUUGAAUUGACGAGUUGAAGUGAUGGCAGAAAGAAUAACUGUCAGCUGUUUUUGAUGAGUUUCAAUCGUGUUAAAUAUUUCGGUACAAAAUAGACAGUUAAUAGAACGAGCUUUCUUCUUGAUUAAAAAUCGGACAAUAGUUUUUAUAGUCGUGACAGUCAAGGAAGAAAUUUUUUGAAAGCAUUGUUUGGAAAAAUCAGAUGAUUAUUUGUAAUAUUUCUGGACAUAAUUUAAUUAUAUAAUGUCAUGUCCAACUUCUAACUAAACUUCAAGACUAAAAAUAUCAAUCAUGAUUACCGACAACGACGAAAUAUUUGAAGAUAAACCAGGUAGUGAUACAUCGAGUGGUGAAACUGCGAAAGAAUCGCCAUCAGUUUUCCGUCAUCGUAUUCCAUGGAGCGAUCGAGGAUCACUGAGCCAUGAUAUACCAGGUUUACAUGAGGUUAAAGAAUUACUUGAGGAUGAUGAUGCUAGUUGCUUGGCUGAAGAAGAGGACGGUGUUGGAUGCCCACUACCUUCAACGCCUGAAGAUGAUCAUCUUCUUGACUGUGAGAUGACUGAAGUUUUGAAAGCAGGCGUUCUUAGUGAUGAAAUUGAUUUAGGUGCCUUGGCUCAUAACGCUGCAGAACAAGCUGAAGAAUUCGUGCGCAAAUAUUGGUUACAGGUCUGGGAAGCAUCUUGGAAUCAAUGUCAUUUCCGCAAUCUACCACGGUGGCUUCAAGAUAACGAUUUUUUGCAUGCUGGUCAUCGUCCACCUUUACCGUCUUUCUAUGCUUGUUUUAAAAGUAUCUUUCGUAUUCACACAGAGACUGGAAACAUUUGGACACAUUUACUCGGUUGUGUGGCAUUCAUUGGGAUAGCAAUAUUUUUCUUAACACGGCCACCUAUGGAGAUCCACUUAGAAGAAAAAAUAGUGUUCGGUACAUUUUUUGCAGGAGCAAUAAUCUGUCUAGGCAUGUCGUUUGCUUUCCAUACUGUACACUGCCACAGUGAAUGCGUCGGCAAAUUAUUUUCAAAACUUGAUUAUUGUGGCAUUGCUAUGCUGAUUAUGGGUAGCUUUGUGCCCUGGUUAUAUUACGGUUUUUACUGUGAUUAUCAACCAAAGCUUAUAUAUUUAUCCGUCGUUGUUGUAUUAGGUAUCACUAGUAUAGUUGUCUCUUUAUGGGAGAGAUUUGGUGAACCUAAUUACAGACCUUUAAGAGCUGGAGUUUUUAUGGGAUUCGGUCUUAGCGGUAUAAUUCCUGCUGUACAUUAUGCAAUCGCAGAAGGCUGGUUUAAAGCGAUUAGCCAAGCUUCACUUGGUUGGCUCAUUUUGAUGGGAUGUUUGUAUAUAUUAGGUGCUUUAUUCUAUGCGUUAAGAGUUCCAGAACGAUUCUUUCCCGGAAAAUUUGACAUUUGGUUUCAAAGUCAUCAAAUUUUUCAUGUGCUGGUGAUAGCAGCUGCGUUCGUACACUAUCAUGGAAUCACAGAAAUGGCAAUGCAUAGGAUGACUGUGGGAGAUUGUUCGAAUCCAUCGCAAGUUUUAGCUUUUUAACUGAUUUUAAAAAUUGAACUGUGUAAAUUUUGUCAUUAAAUUGUUAAAUUUCUAUAAAUUAAUUUAAUUAAAAAAAAAAAAAAAAAAAAAAAAAAAAGUAAUUCAAACCCGUAGAUUUUUUAAGUUUAUAAAAAUCUUUAUUUUGAAAAUGGGUUUUCAGUAUAAAAACAUAAACUGGAUAUGUAUGGUUAAAUACUGUUUAGUAUCAUUUAAAUUAUCUAGUAUAAUUAUUUUUUUUAUUUUCUGAAAAUUCUAAACUUUAUUAAUAUAUUUACUUGAUAUUAUUUAUAAUUUAUUGGUUUGGGAUAUAAAAACUCUUACAGUACUAAGGGAUCGCAUAGCUCGCGAUUUCUCCAAGCGUCUACAAAUGUAUAUUUUUUUUUUUUUUUUAAUAGUGUGUGUAUGCCCACUCCAUCGAUGUCAACAAUAAUCGGCAACCUU